UCCUUGUGUGAUUUUCCUUUUGUCCCAAUUUGCGACAAUGUUGUUUCACAUUGCUGCCGCGGCACUGCUGACGAAUAUCGCGUUUAUGGAGAUCUACUCGUUCUAUGAAUUGGCUGAUAACAUUGCGGACAAUAAAUUACUAUCUGACAAGAGUCCUCUACACCGUGUCUUCGUAUACGGGACACUAAAACGAGGAGAACCGAAUCACAGUUUGAUCCAAGACACUUCGAAUGGGUAUGCAAAGUUCUUGGGACUCGGAAAAACCACUAUUCCAUAUCCAUUAAUAAUUGCAACUCAUUAUAAUAUUCCAUUUUUGUUGAAGAAACCUGGCUUUGGUCAUCAUGUAUUUGGCGAGGUGUACGAUGUCGACACGCAAAUGUUAAAGAAGUUGGACGAACUGGAAGAACAUCCAACGUUUUACGAACGAUCAGAAGAAAAUGUGCUGAUCGCUCCGGAGGCCAAGGCCAAAGCGAGCACCAACUUUGACACGAUCAGCACCUUGACAAAGGUCUGGAUAUAUUUUCUACCGAGGUUCAGGGCAUCGUUAUUGGAGAGUCCCAUGUACAGUUCGUAUAGCAACGAGGGAAGCCAUGGGCUCAAAUAUUGCGAAAACGAGGAGAGUACAGUAAGGCCGGAAGACCUGCUUUGACCAAGCUCUUUUGCAUAAAACAUGAUGCCCUCCCCCCUCAUCAUCGUAUGAACGUUUUCAACGUAACGUUUGUCAAUCGUGAUAGUUAAUAAAAGAUUCUUUCGUCAUUCGAAA